AUGGAUGGAAAUCGAAUCUGGAAUAAAGAGCUGCCUGGUACGAUAGCGGCCUGUGAAUGGUCUCCAGAUGGAAAUCUGCUGCUGUUCGGGAUGGGUGACGGCGAGGUGCACACCUACGACUCCCAGGGAAAUUUCGCGCAAAAGCUUCAUAUGGUUGCAUUAGAGAGCGUCGAGCUGGAGACAGCCCUAGCAAAAGAUUUGCGCAAGGAUAAUAUUAUAGCACUGAAGUGGUAUGCACCAACGCCAAAAAGUCGAUUCCUAGAAAUUGGUGAGUGUUGGCCUUUGGUAAUGAGAACAGUUUUCGAACUCACAAGCGUUUUCAAAAUCCGCUUUUACAGAUGGUCGCUC